AUGAGUGUUUUCCAACGACCUCCGGAGCGUGACCAAACGUGCAUUAAGCCCGAUGACAUGCGCCAGGGAGGUCCGGCCUCCAACAGCGUGGGAGGGGGUCUGGGCAUGGGUCAGCCUCAGCACCCGUACCCCGCCCUGGGACAGCUGGCCCAUGUGUACGAGCAGCAGCAGCAGCAGCAGCAGCAGCAGCAGCAGCAGCAGCAGCAGCAGCAGCAGAACAAGGACCUCAACAAGUAUGCGUCGCUCAAGGCCGUGGGUGAGUGCUUUAAGUGA